AAUUGCAUAAAAUAUGAACGAGUACGAAGAAGACUUAGACGACAUCGAUUUCCAAAAUUACAAAGGCAUCUUCUACGAGGACGACCCGACCUCCAAAUACCAAGAUCCUGAGACAGGCGCCCAUUUUGACUACACAGAUGUUUGAAAAAGACUCUUCAAAAUCCAGCGAAGCAGAGAGUCUGCAGAGAAAAAUAGCGAAAUCAAUAGUAAAUUGACCGCCAAAGAGAAAAUGAGCCUCCUCUUUUCCAAGAAUUGCCAAGGGAAGACUAAUAAGUAUUCCGGUCAACGGAAGACCAUGAAGCCUCAAAAUGCUCGAGUUGAGACCGAGAUCUACGAUGAUGGGGCUAGCGACUCACAAGAAGACUCUGACGGGAAGGAGAAUGUCGAUGAAAGCAACUUUGAUUCCAACUUCCUCGAUGAAAACCUAAAGGACGAGGAGAUUUACCCACCUGAGAUAAAUUAUCACAGGAGAAAUUAUGAUAAUGAGGUGCCAAAUCCCCUCUUCUUGCAUAAAAUUCACCAGACUGAAGAAGACGAAGGCAACAUCCAACUUAUGGACAACGAUUUUGAGCUAAACAACAUGUGAAAUUUCAAUGAGGAUAAAAUAAAUCUUGCUGAAGCUCUCAAUUCAAAGAAUGGAGCAAACUAUGGUAAAAGACCAAAGAAGGUCCAUGGGGACAAUAUCUCCCGCUAUGUUAAAAGCAUCAGCAAGAAGCCGAAGCCAAGCAAGCUAAAAUCCAAGAAUAACCCUAUAAAUCUACAUUCGAUGAUGGCGAUGAAGAGUUUCAAGAGAUCGUACUCCAAAGAGAAAGGUAAUGACAGGGAAAGCUCCUUCUCAAAAGACAAUGGCAAUGUGUUGAGUAAAAUAGGGCCCUUCAAAACACUAGAGACACAAUCAAAAAUAAAGUAUAAGAAUAUUGAUAGUUCUAAUGUGAGUUGCAAUUACUCUAUGAGUCACCAAAAGAGUUCAGGAUCUCGCUGAAAAAUCCCUGCCCAGCACACCUAUGACAUGAAAGACAAAAAGAAAAUCAGCAAGAAUAAAUCCAAGGAAUAUUCGAACUACAUUAGUUCAGAAGUGACUCACAAGGUCGCUUCCAGGACUUCAGGAAUUAACAAGAGCAUCAAAAAGUCUUCUAAAACCAAACGCUGAAUUUCAGCUAUCAAGAUUGGGAAUUCUUCCCGCAAGAAAAGCACCAUCUCUGGGAACUUGAAACUCGAAAAGACUAAGCCAAAGAACCCGUACAAGUACCGAAAUCUGAGCUUCUACAAUAACCAAUACAAAGAGAAAAAGAGAGUAAUCGCCAGCAAGAAGCUCAUCAAGAAAGAUAGCCUUAUUAAGAACAGGACUCGGAAUGAUCAGCGAGCAGUCUUCAAUACAAAUGAAGCACCUAGUUACAUCAAACAUAAUGAGUCAUAUAAGAAGAAUAAAUCAACUGAUAGGACAAGGACUACCUCUUGCACUUACCAGUCCAAGUGACUGAAGGCAGCUUCUGAGUUGCCAAAGUCCAAGGAUAAAGGCUCUAUUCAUAAAUCACAUAUAAAUCCUGUUAAAUCCAAGAGGAAAUUAACCAAAGCCGAUCUCAGCAUGCAUGUCGCUAGUGAUAAAAUAGGCUCAAAACAGAUAAAGCUAACAAGGAGAAAAUAUAGCAUCAAAGGUGCAUCCAAGAAGAUAUAAACUAACUUGUCUCUAAAUUUGAACUCGAGUCUCCUCUGGAGCUAGAGCUUGUCAUAAGGAUAGCAACAAACAUAUCACUGACUAGCCUACUUCAGGGUAGGCUGAUUUAUCUAGUCUCUGAGCUAUCCUCCAUACCUACCUUGGAAGCCAUAGAAAUCUCUCCCUACUGAGCUCGAAGUUCAAAUACCCAAAACCUCUGAAAAUUUAAUUAAUCAGCUAGAAUCCAUCCAAACUUCUUCA